GGCAUUAUUCAUGUAUGAAAACAAUUGAAAAACCGUUUUGUACACAAUAAUCUAAAUUCCUAUUAGUACGGAUAUAGAGAAAUUAAGAAAAAUGAGCAGAGAUUUCAAAGUUAAAUUGGGUGAAGGAGGUUUUGGAUCUGUAUACAAAGGAAAACUUCAAAGUGGACCAGAAAUAGCCAUAAAGAUGUUGAAAAAAACGAAAGCUGAUGGAGAAGAGUUCAUUAAUGAAGUGGCUAGUAUUGGAAGAAUACAUCAUGUAAAUGUGGUACAAUCUUAUGGAUAUUGUGCUGAAGGAGAAAAUCGUGCUCUGGUUUAUGAAUACAUGACAAAUGGUUCGUUGGAUAAACACAUCUUCUCCAAAAAGGAAAGUGUCCCUUUAAGUCAUGAGAAAACAUAUGAAAUAUCUCUUGGCAUAGCUCGUGGGAUUGCUUAUCUUCAUCAAGGCUGUGAUGUGCAAAUUCUACAUUUUACAUUAAGCCGCAUAAUAUUCGUCUGGAUGAUAACUUCAUCCAAAGGUUUCAGAUUUCGGACUUGCCCAAAGUUGUAUCCUGUUAAAGAUACGUCUAUUGCUUAACUAAAGUAGAGGAAUUUGGGGUUACUGGCUCCAGAAUUAUUCUACAAUAAUAUUUGGUGGAGUAUCAAAUAGGCUGAUGUAUAUAGUUUUUUUGGGAUGCUUUUGAUGGAAAAUAGGAAGUAGGAGAGGAACUAAAUCCUCAUGCAGAAGAAUUCAAAGCCAACAGUACUUCCCUUUUGGAUCUUAUGACAAUUAAAAGAUGAAAAAGAUACUCAAAUAGAAGAUGCCUCAGAAGAGGAUAAGAUUUUGGUGAAAAGAAUGUAUGUAGUUGCGCUUUGGUGUAUACAAUUGAAUCCAAAUGACCGUCCUUCAAUGAAGAGAGUUGUGGAUAUGUUGGAAGAAAGAGUUGAAAGUCUUGAAAUGCCUCCUAA